CUUUGCCAAUAUAUUUAAUGUUGCUGGUUUUUGCAGGUUGUGAAAUCAAUUCUUGAACAUAAAAGAAGCGGCGUUGUGAAUGCAGUCUGGGUGUUCUUGAAAACUGCAGCUCUCAUCAUUCAUCAUCAAUGGAAGGUGAAACACAUUCUGGUUCUACUCAGAAACCAAAUGUGAAAACCGAGGAAGAUGAUGAUGAGACCAAAGCUGUGCAAGUGAGCCUGGCAACACUAUUCGCCAUUCAAAACGCAGAGAACUCAUCAUCGUCCAAUCCAUCAUCUGCAGCAGAAGAAACUCAUCUGAUAAUCCCAUCCUGCGACUGCAUUUCAAUCAGAUCAAGCAGCACAACCAGCACCCAAUCUUUUGCUUUCCCCAUAUUAGCGUCAGAAUUCCAUUCUAGCCCUGCAAAGAUGGCACCCUGCGAUUCCAGGUUCUUGAAGAAGAGAAGACGAUGGAAGAACUGUUUGGGCUUCUGCAAAUGUUGAGCCCUGCAAGGAUUUUGUUUAUUGGCCCAAACGUUUUUUAUGUAAAUAUGGCCUGCAAUAUAUGUAUUUAUAGAUUGGACCUAUAAAUUGCAUAGCAUAUACAAUAAAUAUCACCCAUAGUCAAUACAACAAAUAGUUAUACCA